AUGGAGGAGCCGCUCUGCUGCUGCGAGUACGUGGACCGGCGCGGCCGGCGCAACCACCUAGCGGCGUGCUGCUGCGACUGCGAGGACCUGGACGACGGCUGCGACAGGUGGCUGACGUGCAGAUCCCUGCCCCCGGGAGCGCUGGAGAGGAUCGCCGACACCGUCGCGGACCGGCUGCGGGUCCCCUGGUUCUCGGGGGCCGUGAAGAUCAACGUCAGCCUCGUGCCGCCGCUCGUCCUGCUGCCCGUCUUCCUGCACGUUGCCGCCCUGCACUUCCUGCUGGGGCUCAUCAUCCUGACGUCCCUGCCCGUCGUGGUGCUGUGGUAUUACUACCUCACCCACCGGAGGAAGGAACGGACUCUCUUCUUCUUGAGCCUUGGGCUUUUCUCCUUGGGAUAUAUGUACUAUGUGUUUCUUCGGGAGGUGGUUCCCCGUGGCCACGUGGAGCAUUCCCAAGUGGUCGCUCUCACGUGCGGGUUAAUUCUUAUGCUUGCAGCCCUGUCCCGAGCUAAGAAGGACCCUGGCUACCUUCCCAUCCUGACAGGCAACGAGAAGCCAUCGCACCAGGGUUUGCCCAGCAAGAGUGUUAGAGGGAGCUCCGGCGGGCUCCACGGCAUCUCAGGCGCUGCCAGCAGUCGCGCUGUGAAUGGGGAGGCUAAAGGUUAUUGCAGGAUGUCAGCUGAGCAGCCAGAAGGUGUGAAAAAGGACUGGUGCACUAAAUGCCAGCUGGUCAGGCCAGCCCGAGCAGGACACUGCCGGCUUUGUGGCAGAUGUGUGAGGAGACUGGACCAUCACUGUGUCUGGAUUAACAGCUGUGUAGGGGAGCAGAACCACCAAGCUUUCAUCCUUGCACUCUCCUUCUUCAUGCUCACCUCUGUGUAUGGGAUUACCUUGACCCUGCAUACCAUCUGUAGGGGCCGAAGUCCGUUUGUGGCGUUGCUCUACUGCCCCGGGGCCUAUUCUGACUACAGCUCUGCUCUGUCGUUCACCUGCGUAUGGUACUGUGCCAUUGUAACAGCUGGCAUGGGAUACAUCCUCCUUAUCCAGCUGUUGAACAUCAGCUACAACGUGACUGAGAGGGAAGCUCGGCUGGCUCUGCGGGACAACACCGGGCGCAGGCUGCUGGGCGGGUUAGUGAUAGACACUGGCCAGUAUAACAGGGGACUCCUGUGCAACUGGGGCCACUUCCUGAGCCUGGGGUCUUCUCCUCCACAGCGCUCUGCCGAGGACAUCGUGUGACACCCCUCUUUCCGCGGAUGGCGCUGUCAUGGCUCACUGACUUUGUUUAGCAGGGCAGCAGCCCCUCCCACCAGGACUCCUUCCUCGCACAACCUUUCCUUGUGGUCAGCGAGUGGGCUAUCCCCUCACUGACAACACCAGAUGUUUUCCCUGGUGGAAUGGUUCUUUGUGUGCUGUCAGCCAGCAAUAGGAUGCAGAAAGCAGUAAGCCAUAUGUGCAGAUGGGGAGAGGAGGAGCCUCCUUCCUUUUUCCACUGUGGGAAACAGCAAGAAGAGCACAAGGUUUUGAGAACUUGAGUUUCCCUUAGAUGUGAAUGCUGGCAUCAGGAGGAACCUGCUACUGGGCUUCAGAGAGUGCACUGGUUCCUGCAAAGGUUAAGGAAUCCCUGGAUUUGUACCUACGUGAGGCAUUUUGGAGAUGUCAGAAGAGUGAACUUUGGAUACAGAUGGACGCCUGCCAAAAUCAGGCUCUUUGGCUACAAGAGACUGUCUAGGCAGUCACUGGGCAGUGCUUUCCUCUCUGGUGCAUUUAUUUAUUUAUCUAUCUAUUUUUACUAUUUCUGAUUCCAUCCAGCUGUGUACAUGCUUCUAUUAAGUGCCUUUGUGAGCUACGUUCCUGUAGGACUUUGUAAGAUCCUUUCACCUCUGGGCCCCUAAAGUUGUUAUUCCACCCCUGUCUGUCUAAAUGAGUGAAAAGAGAUCCCAUUGUUCUUUCUGCAAGCUGUAUUGAUUUGAAGGCUUUGCUCGUCUCCCUCAAAGUGUUUCUGCUCUGAUUAUGGGUUGUGAAACGUGACAGUAGGUAAAUACAUCAAGUAAAGAGUUUUGAAGCAACACGUAACAGUGAACUCUGAGGGCAAAACAAGAGUGCUGUCUGUCUGGAAUUACUGUCCCUUUAUGGAAAUUAGCUUCACCCUGUGUCUGUGGGAGAAGGGAGAGCAGGCAAUUCUGCUAGCAGCACGUUUGGUAGGUAGCAUCUUGGUUGUGUUGCUGUUAACACAGUGAUCUUGUCUCCUCUGAACGCGGUGACUGUGGAGCUGCCUGACUGUAGAUCUGUUUUCUCAAGUCAAGAAGCCAAGGAACAGAUAAACCCUAAAGUACAUAGGGAGAGGCAGAGGAUGUGUUGGAGGUGGUUGUUUUUGGGAUAGAUGACCUGUACUGCCAGGUGAAUGAACCAGUUAAAAUGUGCUCUGCAAGAGUGCUAUUUCUUCCUCAUCAGCCUGUAAGUGUAUUAUGGCUUGGACUUGAGCUUCAGCCAAAAUAGCAAGUUUUUUUGUUAUUGUCCAGUGGUUUCUGGAUUUCAUAGGUGGGAUUUUUUGUUGCUUUUUGUUUUAAACCCUUUGUGUAUGCUGUUGGCCCUGCCGUAAUAGGAAAGGUCUGGCUGGAAGAGCUGGGGACCAUGGCACAAGAAUUACAGGUUGGGCCUAAGGUGGAAAAGCAGAGAUAAGGGCUUUGUCCUAGCUGUGGUGCUUUCAGAUGUGUGCAGCACAUGUGGGUCAUGGCCGUCCCUGAGUGCAUGGGCAUGGCAGGCAGCUGGGGUACGUUGGGCACGUGAUGCACAUUCACUGUGCUGCUGUGCAGUAGCUUUGAAGAAUGGAGGGAUGGUGCGUGGUGCCAAAAGAAAGCAGGGUUGGGACUGUCCCUUGGGAUCCUUGCCAUAUUUUUUGUGAGUGCUCCUCAUGACAUGUCCCAGUUUAAGGUAAAGACUGUGUCCCUCUUUGCACUGUUUGGUUUGUUCAAGUGGCACUUUUUAUAACCAGCAGAUAAUUAAGGAGCAGCUCCAUUUGUACAGUUACUGAAUUUCCCUUAUUUCCCCUUGCCUCUUUUCACUGAGUGAGCAGUUCUUUAUAAGGAGGUAAAGGGACGGCUCGUUUGCUUCCUACCUCUAACCAAGUACAGGAGGAGGUUCUGACCUCUUUCCUGACCCUAAUGUGAAUAAAAAGGUACCCAGCUGGACAAUGCAAAGUGUUCCUUUAUGACCUUCUGUUUGGAGCUUGAAGCCUGAUCCUAGGUGUUCAAAUUGAGACAAAGUUGCUUCCACUUGAGUUGUCUGUAUAUGUUUCUAUGGCACAUACGUAUUUUGUGAUGCCUGCUGAGAUGAUGUCGAGUUUGGCAACCCUGGAGAUAAAGGAUGCUUUGGGGUAGCAGGAUCUUCUUGCAUCUUAUCCUGCUGGCACUGAGGGAGAAUGUGGCAGAAGGACCUCCUGGGCUAAACAAACCUCUGCAGUGGAGACAGCCAAUGUGUCCAUCCCCUGUGUGCUGCAUGCACAGGAAUCAGUCGUGCACCCACGAGCUGAACAAGCUCUAGCAGCUUUUGUCGGUUUGAGAGAAGUGAUUUCUCAGAGUCCUGCUACUCCUGGCUGGGAGAAAGCAGAGCCGAUGGCAGGGCAUUUCCCUGGCAGAGCUGACCCUGUGGUGCUCACUUGCUCCCACAGGCAGAGGUUGGUUGCACCCUUGCAGCCUGACUGUCACUGUAGCAUUUUCCCUUGUCUCUCAGUGAGCUCUUAGUGAGUGGGAGGCUUCAUCUGAAUUGCUUACACCGAGACUCACUCUGGGCCGUUCUCCCAGGCAGUGUGGAAUUUGGAGUGAAGAUUAGGAGCAAAGGACCUGAGAUUAAUGUAACCAUUCCAUACUUUGGUCAAACGUGCCCCAGUAGAGCGGGCUUGAAGUGCUAAAGUAAAUUUCAUAUCUUUGCACAGGCUCCAUGGGGAAUUGAAAUCAUUCAGGGCACUAAAGGGUUGUAAGGAUGGGAUUUUUUUUCUAGGAGGAAAAUGCAGUGCUUGUUCCUCAGUGAAUAAAUAGAAAGUUCAGGUGGCUGUAAUCUGCAUAGUAAUGGUGACUGUUUCUUUAACGGCAUGGCAUUGGUUUACCUCUUCUUCCUGAUAGGAUUUGCUUUGUGAAUGUUGGGAGAUGAGAAGCAUAAAAUAAUAGGAUAUUUAGAAGGCAUCUAAAUGGGCAGAAGAGUUUCAGUCCCUUCAGAUGCAUACUUGGGAACUCUCCUUUUAGCAUCCCUGAGAAUUAGCAGCAAACCCUUGGAGGGCAAUGCUGCCUUUGCAGUUACUGCAAGGGCAAACUGUUGUGGUCUGGUGUGCCCAGGAGCAGUUUAUUUUCUGAGUAAUUUCCUGCUGAGCUUGGUAUUGACCAUGCUGGGAGAGAAAUGGUAAAAUCUAGGCAUACAGUCGGUCCUCAGGCUCCCUGUGUUAGUAGAGUGCUGCCUGGGGGUUGGAGCAGUGGGGUCAGCCUGCAUGUCACAGGGGACUUGUGGGUGGUGUGUGGCUUUCAUGCAAGGGCCAGUGUCUCACCUGUAAAGCUGUGUGCCUGGCAGUGCAGAAAACAGUACCCUGAUGGCUCUUGAAAGUUUCCCUGUGUGUGAAGAGAGGACUUUAAGCUGAUCAAGAGCAGGGAAGGAUUUUUGUAAUAGCCAGCCUUGAUUUUUUCCCACCCAGACUUUGGAAGUUUAUCCUUCUUUCCCCAUGACCUUUUAAGAGGCAUUUGUCUUUUCACAAAUAGCGUGGACUUCUGCAGACCAGGCAGCUCUUAGGGGACCAGGGUUCUCGUGUUGCUGGUGUUGUAGUGUUACGCCCUCUGUGUCCAAAUGCCAUCACCCCACUAUUUGGUGUCUGUAGUAGGAGCAGUGCACCAUUAGAUUACACCUUGUAAGUGGUGGCUUGGCACUCUGUAACUGUGUCUUCCUGCAUUGUGCUUUUUUGUAGGCAAGUCACAGGUCCCCACGUUGACUGUUUCUCCAUUUGACUGUUUCUUCAUUUAACUUGUCCUUAAAUGACAAAAGUCACUGGUGAGCCUGAGCUGGUGCUGCUUGUGACUCCUAAUCACAUUUCAGCCUUCAUGCUAUGAUGGUGCUUUUUUUUGCCUUCAAAGUAGGUUGCUUUCAAGUGUCUUAAUGAAACCAUUUGCUGUAAAAUUUCUUCUGAAGAUAAAAUGGAUACUGCCUCACUGCCUAAUGUCUUAAUAAUGUGCUUGGUUUUUUCCUCCUAUAUGAAUGUAUAUUGCCUCAUUAGGGCAGGAAGCGUGUGUGAUUACAAAUGUGUUUCCCUGUAUUCCUUUCAGUGAAAAAUUCUACAGUUACCUAGGUGGAGUUUUUUUGUUUUGUUUUGGGUUUUUUUUGCCACUCCCAGGAUGUUUGUGCAGCAAAAAAUCUGUCUGCAGGCAGGUGAGGUUCUUACGUGGAAAUUUAGUUUCCCAAGAUCUUGUCUUUAUGAAAUUCCUCUAAUGAUAACGUGAAGAGUGAUUGGCUCUGGAAGAAAGCUGAAAGUAUUUUUUUUAAACCUGAGCUUUAGGAAGAAACUUUGUGAAACAUUCGUAAGCUUAUUUGAAGAGACUGUGUGUGUAUGUUUCUGUCUAUUUUGCAUCAUAUUCAGUGUUUCCAAAUGGAUA